AUGGCCAGAGAUAGACUUGGAAAUGUCAACCGACAAUACGGUGAUCAAUCUGCACCUCAACCUACUUAUCCACCUACGAACGGAGUGAUUGCACCUUCAAGAGCACCUAACCCGUAUGCUCAACAAGGAAACAACUCUUUACCAGGUGCUCAACCUGGACAAUACGCACAGUACGGUCAUCAAGCUGGUGCCCAGACAGGAUACGGUGCACAAGCUGGAAACCCAUACGGAGGACAAUAUGGUCAACAAGAACAGUACGCAAUGGGUGGUGUGAAUGGUGGUCAAAUUGGAGGUGGUGAUUUCUGGAGUGAAUUAUCAACCACCAACACUCUUUUGGGUCAAUUACAAGAUCAAAUCGGUCAAGUCAGACAGGCUCAUCAAGCUAGUUUAACAUCAACAGAUCCCAAUGCGAGAGCUUAUGCGGCAGAGUUGAAUGACGCAGCGAGGGAAAAAAGAGAAGAAUGUAAAAAUGAAAUCAAAAAAUUAUACAAAUUAGCCAAAGGUGAUAAAGCACAAAAAACUCAAGCGGAAGGUGUCAAAACAAGAUUCCAAUCUUUAUUACAAGAACAUCAAGUCAUCGAAAAAGAAUUUAGGAAAAAAGUUAAAGAUAGAGCUGAAAGACAAUAUAAAAUCGUUAAUCCAAAUGCCACCGAAGAAGAAUUGAGACAAGUCACAGAGAGUGAUAAUCCUCAAAUUUUCUCACAGGCUCUCCUCAACUCCAACAGAUACGGAGACGCUAGAAACGCUUAUCGAGAAGUCCAAGAACGACAUGCCGAAAUCCAAAAGAUCGAAAGAACACUCGCUGAACUCGCUCAAAUGUUCUCUGAAAUGGCCAUGUUGGUUGAACAACAAGAUGAAACCAUUGUUAAUGUUGAGAAUCAAGCUCAAGGUGUUGAAACGGAUAUCAAAGCUGGUUAUGAUCAGACCUCCAAAGCUGUCGAUUCCGCUCGAAAGGCUAGAAGAAAGAAGUGGAUCUGUUUCUGGAUCGUCGUCCUCAUCAUCGCUAUAUUGGCUUUGGUGCUUGGUAUCUACUUUGGUACCAAGAAAUAG